AUGCAUAAAGAGUUCGCUGGUCGAGCUCACCAGUUAUUCGCCUUGGAUAUGCGCGUCUUAAGCUUGAAAUCGUUCGUUGCUGCAGCGUUAUUUGCAUGGAGCGCUCGCGCAGGGACGACCAUGACGGUCAGUAACUGGGGCGACAAUCCAUCGCAUUUGCCUGCUCUAUUGGUCUAUACUCCGACCAACAUCGUUUCCAACCCGCCAAUCGUGCUCGCUCUCCACGCUUGUGGAGGAAGUGGCUCGCAAUUCAUGUCUUCAUUCAACAUCCCUGCCUACGCCGACCAGCUCGGUUUCCCUAUCCUCUAUCCGACUUCCAAUCCGGAGCUCGGCUUCAACUGCUGGGACUGUUGGUCAACCCAAACGAAUCUUCACAACGGGGGUGGUGACUCGCAAGGUCUUGCCGCGAUGGUUGGGUGGGCCAAGACCCAAUUCAAGAGUGAUGGGUCGAAGGGAGUGUUCAUCAUCGGGGCCUCUUCCGGAGCUAUGAUGGCCAACGUUAUGGCUGCGACAUACCCAGACCUCUUCAAGGGCGCUGCUUCGUGGUCGGGUGUCCCCGCCGGCUGCUGGCUCAAUGCAACAUCCAGUACUCCCCUUACUCCCGAUCAGACCUGUCCUUUGGGCCAGAAAGCAUCUACUUUCUCUGCCGCUCAGUGGGCCACGCUUGCCAAGAACGCAGACCCGAAUUACUCUGGCCCCCGCCCGGCGAUGCUUAUUGCGCACGGCACCCAAGACUCUGCUGUCUCUAUCCUCAAUCUCAACGCCCAGCUGGCACAGUGGAGCACAGUUCUUGGCCUCAGCUUCAGCCAGAACAUAACCAACGACCCGACGUCGACCUGGAAACGCAUUGUGUACGGUGACGGAACAAAGUUGAUUGGUUUCGAGGUUGCGGGUGGGGGGCACAUUCCGCCCUUCCAAGGUGAUGCUGUUUUCAAGUUCUUUGGGUUGCUUGGUGGCAACGGCGGAACGGGGACAACGACAGUUAAGAGCUCUACAACCGUCACGACAACGACGACGAGCUCUCCACCAACCGGCUCACAAGCGAAUCAUUGGGACCAAUGUGGAGGCCAGGGCUGGACAGGCGCGACUUCUUGCGUGUCUCCAUAUACCUGCACCCAGUUGAACCCAUACUACUCUCAAUGUUUGUAG